CGUCCGGUGCCGCAGGAGAAGGUCGCCCGCUCGCCCGCUCGCUCCGGGGCACUCCCAGGAUCUCGCCCAGCCGCCCGCGCCGUCCCGCGCACUCGGGGACAUGUCGAGGUGGGCGGAGGCCCGGUGGGCCGGCGCCAGAGGGCGAACGGCGGCCGCGGCACACGCGCCCUCCUCGAGCUUUCCCCGGAGACGCCUCCCUUUACAAGCGCCCCGAGCCUGAAGGCGCUGCCGCGGCGAGGAGGCACCGAUAAGGGAGCAGGACGCGCCGCUGCUGCUGGGCAUUCCCGGGAAUUCCUGGGAGGAUGAAGCUGCUGGAGAAUUCCAGCUUCGAGGCCAUCAACUCCCAGCUCACCGUGGAGACGGGAGACGCGCACAUCAUCGGCAGGAUCGAGAGCUACUCGUGCAAGCUGGCCGGGCUGGACAAGCAGCUCUUCAAGCACUUCUGCCACGAGGGGCAGCCCCACGCGCUCGAGGCCCUGUCCCCCCCCCAGAGCUCCGGGCUCAGCCCCGGCAGGCAGGGCGAGGGCCCGCUCAGCGACACGUGCAGCCGCAAGACGCUGUUCUACCUGAUCGCCACCCUGAACGAGGCCUUCCGGCCCGACUACGACUUCAGCGCCGCCAAGAGCCACGAGUUCAGCCGCGAGCCCAGCCUCAACUGGGUGGUGAAUGCCGUGAACUGCAGCCUCUUCUCGGCCGUGCGCGAGGAUUUCAAGGCGCUGAAGCCGCUGCUGUGGGACGCGGUGGAUGAGGAGAUCUGCCUGGCCGAGUGCGACAUCUACAGCUACAACCCGGACCUGGACUCGGAUCCCUUCGGGGAGGACGGGAGCCUCUGGUCCUUCAAUUACUUCUUCUACAACAAGAGGCUCAAGAGGAUCGUCUUCUUCACCUGCCGCUCCAUCAGUGGCUACGCCUACACCCGCCCGGACACCGGGAACGAGCUGGACAUGGACCUGGGCGAGGGCGACACCGAGAAGGGCGACAGCGGCGACCCCGAGGGCGGCGGCAUCGAGGGGGACAGGCUGCAGGUGAUGUGCAUGUGAGAUUCCCGGCGGGAUCCGAGACACCGGGAAGGGAACCGGCAACGGGAACGGAACCAGCAAUGGGACUGGAAAUGGACUGGGAACCAAACCAGCACCGGGAACGGAACUGGGAAUGAAACUGGGACUGGGAAAGGAACUGGGAACCAAACCAGCACCAGCAACGGGAACGGAACCAGGAAUGGAACCAGGACUGGGAACGGAACCAGGAACGGGAAUGGGAACGGAACCAGGAACAGAACUGGGAAUGGAACCAGGAACAGAACUGGGAAUGGAACCAGGAACAGAACUGGGAACGGAACCAGGAACAGAACUGGUACCAGGAAAGGAACUGGGAAUGGAACCAGGAACAGAACUGGUACCAGGAAAGGAACUGGGAAUGGAACCAGGACUGGGAAUGGAACCAGGAACAGAACUGGCACCAGAAAAGGAACCGGGAAUGGAACUGGGAACGGAACCAGGAACAGAACUGGCACCAGGAAAGGAACUGGGAAUGGAACCAGGAACAGAACUGGGAAUGGAACCAGGAACAGAACUGGCACCAGGAAAGGAACUGGGAAUGGAACCAGGACUGGGAAAGGAACCAGGAACAGAACUGGCACCAGGAAAGGAACUGGGAACGGAACCAGGAACAGAACUGGCACCAGGAAAGGAACUGGGAAUGGAACCAGGAACAGAACUGGUACCAGGAACAGAACUGGGAAUGGAACCAGGAACAGAACUGGUACCAGGAACAGAACUGGGAAUGGAACCAGGAACAGAACUGGUACCAGGAAAGGAACUGGGAAUGGAACCAGAACUGGGAACGGAACCAGGAACAGAACUGGCACCAGGAAAGGAACUGGGAAUGGAACCAGGAACAGAACUGGGAACAGAACCAGGACUGGGAAAGGAACCAGGAACAGAACUGGCACCAGGAAAGGAACUGGGAACGGAACCAGGACUGGGAAAGGAACCAGGAACAGAACUGGCACCAGGAACAGAACUGGGAACGGAACCAGGAACAGAACUGGCACCAGGAAAGGAACCGGGAAUGGAACCAGGAACAGAACUGGGAAUGGAACCAGGACUGGGAACGGAACCAGGAACAGAACUGGCACCAGGAAAGGAACUGGGAAUGGAACCAGGAACAGAACUGGCACCAGGAAAGGAACCGGGAACGGAGCCAGGACUGGCAACCAAACCAGCAAUGGAACCGGGAACGGAGCCAGGAACAGACCCGGGAUGGGACCCGGCCCCGUCCUGGCGCCGCUGGUCCUUCCUGAGCCGUGUCCCCCCCGGUGUCCCCGUGUCCCCCGUCCCCCCCCCCCCCCCCGGACACUGGAGCCCCCCAGGAAUCCCGGAGCUCCGGAGCCGCUGCCGGAGCCGCGCCGGGAGCUCCGGGAAGCUUCGCUGCACUUUAUGGCUCCUGCCCUCGGCUGCACUGAUCCCCGUCCCACCUGCCCGGGCUCCUGACGGGCUCCAUCCGUCCAUCCCGGCCCCGCCCGGGGGAGAAUCCCAAAUCCCACCCCCAGGGACUGCCCCCCUGCCCCCCGUGCCGAGUCCGUGUGUUUCAAGAGUUUGGCUUUGCUCUC